AUGGCAGAAUCAGAUUCUACUGACUUUGACCUGCUGUGGUAUCUAGAAAAUCUCAGUGACAAGGAAUUUCAGAACUUUAAGGACCAUCUGGAACGAGAGCCUCCACAGUUUGAACUGCCACAAAUUCCAUUUCUUAAGCUAAGGAAGGCCAAACGAGAAGAUGUGGUUAAUAUAUUAACAACUUCUUAUGAAGAACAGCACAUCUGGAAUAUAAUAUUCAGCAUAUUUCAAAAGAUCCAUCGUAAAGAUCUCUGUGAGAAGAUCGAUGCUAGACGAAACCGUAGCAAAGAGAUGCACAGAGUUCUUAUAAGAAGAAACUUUCUAAUCCAAUGGGAAGAAUGUCCUUUUGGAGAUGUUCAUGGUGAAUUCUACCGUAAAGUUUCAGCAGACAUUUUCUAUGUACUUCAACUUGCAUAUAAUCCUAAGAUCACUCAUUCAUCAAAGAAUCUUAAUGUGUUGCUGGUGGGGGAUGAAGCAGCUGGAAAAACUGUGGCUAUAAAAAUGGCAGUGUUAGAGUGGGCAAAGGGCAACAUGUGGAAGGAUGUGAUAUCAUACAUUGUUUGCCUCACUUCUCAUGAAAUAAACCGGAUGACCAGGAGUAGCUUGAUUGAGCUGAUCUCCAAGGACUGGCCUGAUGGCAAGGCUCCUAUCGCGGAUAUCCUGUCCAGUUCCCAGAAGCUCCUAUUUAUCUUUGAGGACUGGGACAACAUAAAUCUGAAGUUAAAUAUGAAUGAAUCUGCUUUGUGUAGUGACAGCAGAGAGCAGGUACCCAUAUCGGUUCUCCUAGUCAGUUUGCUGAAGAGAAAAAUGGCUCAAGAUUCCUGGUUCCUCAUCUCAUCAAGGCCCAAUUGUGAGGCUGUUGUGAAUACGUUAAUGCAGAUGACAGAUUACUACAUAACCAUAGAGCUCUCUAAUGAAAAGAGGCAGGAAUAUUUUACCAUAUUCUUUAAAGACAGCCAGAGGGCUAUGACAGCCCUCAAAUUUGUACAUGAAAAUGAAAUGCUUGUGGAUCUGUGCCGAGUCCCCGCCUUAUGCUGGGUCACUUGUACUGUCCUGAAUCAGCAAAUGGACAAGAGGGAUGACGUCAAACUCUCCUGCCAAACACGCACUGACAUAUAUGCCCAUUUUCUUGCCAAUACGUUGACAUCUGAUGCUGGAGUUACUGCUAAUCAGCAUCACCUAGUUCUACUAGAACGUCUGUGUUUGCUGGCUAUAGAAGGACUGUUUCACAACACCCUGAAUUUUAGCGAUGAAGACCUCAGAAGUGUUGGCUUUACCAAGGUUGAUGUCUCUUUGUUGCAAGCCCUGAAUAUUCUUUUGCCAAGCAGCAGCCGUAAGGACCAUCACAAGUUUAUCCACUCGAAUAUCCAGGAGUUCUGUGCAGCCAUUGCAUAUAUGAUGAUACUAAUCAACUGCCAGAUCCCCUCAGCUAGUAAAAAGGAUAAAGACAAAAGAGAAAUAUACAUUAAUUUCAGUCCAAUAGUGACUUUCAUUUUUGGUCUGCUUAAUGAGAAGAGGAGAAAAAUUCUUGAGGCAUCCUUUGGCUGUCAACUCUUGAUAGGACCACUCAGGCAGUACUUUCUACAGCAAAUGGAAAAUUUGGGUAAUAAUCCAAAAGCAAUGGAACACCACAUGCCUUUGUUUUACUGUCUCUUUGAGAAUCAGGAAGAAGAAUUCGUGAAAGAGAUAAUGGGCUUUUUCUCAGAGGCUACCAUUUGUGUAGAGGAAGACAAAGAUCUGAUGGUUUCUUCAUACUGUCUGAAACAAUGCCAGCCUCUACAGAAACUUAAGUUGAGUGUUCAACACAUAUUUGAAAACAAAAGGCCUAAUGUGCAGCUAACUUCUAGUCAAAUGAGGAACCUUGUCUACUGGAGAGAUAUCUGCUCUCUACUCCACACUCACGAGAACCUCCGAGAGCUGGAAAUUUGUAACAGUGACCUUGAUGAUACUUCAGAAAGGAUUCUGUGUAAAUCUCUGAAACAUCCAAGCUGUCAACUUCAAACACUCAAAUUGUCUUAUCUCUCACCUCUUUCUGAAUUUGAAGAUAUUUUCAAGGCUAUUGUUCAUAGCCAGAAUCUGACAUUCCUGAGCCUGAGUUCUACGUUCAUUACCGUGAAGAUGUUUUCACUUCUGCAUGAGGUCUUAAACAAUCCGAUGAGCAGCGUACGGCACCUGAACUUGAUAAAAUGCAAUCUGCAAGCUAGCACAUGUGAAAAAAUCUCCUCGCUCCUCAUCAGCAGCAAGAAGCUGAAAAAGUUGACCUUAUCCAACAAUCCACUGAAGAGUGAUGGGGUGAAAAUACUAUGCGAUGCUUUGCUCCAGCCAGAUUGUACUCUCGAGUCACUAGCGUUAUGCUUUUGUUGUCUCACUCAAAGUUGUUGCAGUUCCAUUGGGAAAGUUCUUAUGGUCAAGAAAAGUCUAAAACAUCUAGAUCUGAGUGUGAAUUACUUACGAAAUCAUGGAGUAUUGGUUUUGACUUUGGCCGUGAUGUUUCCAAACUGUAAAUUACAGGAGCUGGAGCUGUCUGGUUGUUUCUUUUCCAGUGAUGUCUGUGGGGAUAUUGCCUCAGCUAUUAUUAAUAACCCAAACCUGAGGAGCCUGGAGCUUGGGAGCAAUAAUAUACAGGAUGAAGGAAUGGAGUUGCUAUGUAAUGCUUUGAAACAUAAAAACUGCAAGUUAGAAAAUAUUGGGCUAGAAGAGUGUGGGUUAACCAGUGCCUGCUGUAAAUCUCUCACCUCUGUCCUAAUCAGCAGCAAAACACUGAAAAAACUCAAUCUGCUUAAAAAUAAGUUGGGUGAUAAAGGAAUUAUGCAGCUUCUCAAGGGCUUGAGACACCCACGUUGUGUACUUCAGACACUUGGGCUUCAAAUAAGUGAUGUGGGUACAGAAACCCAGAAGUUGCUGAUGGCUGUAAAAGAGAAAAAUACCAAACUGGUCUUCGUGUCUGAAUCUUGGGCUAAAAGGAAAGGCAGAGAGGUCAUGGUUGAUCUUCCAAAUCCUUCUCAGCCAGAUCCAUUGA